AUCAAGACCAGCCACAAGUAUUUGAAGCAGCUGGAGGAGUCAAACGUAGCUCUCGAGGAACUAAAGCUCAAGCUGGCUGAAAAAGUAGAGGAAGCGAAAGGUAAAGAGCUCUACAUCAGCCAGCUUGAGUAUAAAGUUGACUCUUAUGCCAACGAGAUCUGCGAUCUUCGAUCUCGUCUCAACCGUGUGGGACAUGAGUCAGACAGCUGGCAUGAAAGGUUCCUUAAGGCUGACACAUCCUACCAUGAAUUAAAGCGCGCCAUAAGGAACUUAGCCACUGACUUCUGA